AUGCCUUCCAGCAAAUGUAGCCACAAGGGAGAGCCAAGCUCUGGUGGGAAAUCCGGUCGGAAAAGGGGCGAAGAGACGAGCGAAUCCGACGACGCAAGCGACAAUUACUCGACGAUAUGUCUGACCAUAUUUGUAUUCCGACGAGUGUCUGACAUGUAUUUCAACCGGCAUAUUCUUCUGUACUUAACAUCUCCUGAAAACCCGGGCUUCCACGAGACGGUUCACGCCCAGCGUUACGAUGAAGAAAACCCCUGGGUGGUUGACCGCAUACACCACCGGGUUGACUGGAUGAUGAGCGCUACCUACCUCAGCCAUGUUAACGCCGGGGCCGUGCGGGUACAGAGGGGUGAAGAGAUAUUGCCCGUAAACAUCGUUGCAGCCACUCCAGUACGGGGACAGGACAGUGGUUGGAACUGUCAACACUUCAUACUCGAGGGUCUUCAGGAGAUUGUGAGCCAAGGGCUACAGACAAGCGAGUGGUACGACUUGGUGGAAGAGCAGCUCACAGACUAUCUACUUGAUGGGACAGUUGCUUGA